GCUCCGGACACUUCCUCCUGGGCCGCCGCAGCGGAGUUAAACUUUGGAGGGGGAAAAAGAGCCCUGGGCGCCUGGCCAUCUUCCCUUGCCCCACCCCCACCCCGCCACCCCACUGCCGCCGGUAACACCCCCUUCUCCGCGGUUCCGACCGAAUUUUUCUCCUACUUCCGAAACCCGUGAGAUUUUCCCACCUUAGCACCCCGGCCCUCGGAAUCCCUUUGCCCAUCCCCGGGCCCGCUGUCGGAUCCCCGGGAUCCACUCGAAUCCCGCCUCUGUGACUCCUGCUCUCCAUCCCCAAGGGUCUCACCAUCCUCCAGUCCCCUCAACUUGCCAGGUUUCUCUUCUCAGAGCCCCGGGAUCCCCGCGCUCUAACCACCAGCUUACAAGAUUCCUCGGACCCAGUGAUCCGAGCCUCUCUGCUCAGGCCCCUCCAGCCGGAUCCCGGGUGGAAGACGGGCGGCUGGUCCCGGGCCUCGCCCUAUGGCCGCCGCCCCCUCCCAUCCCGCCGGGCUCCCGGGCUCUCCCGGCCCAGGGUCUCCUCCGCCCUCCGGCGGCUUGGAACUGCAGUCGCCGCCACCGCUGCUGCCCCAUGUCCCGGCCCCGGGCUCCGGGGUCUCCUUCCACAUCCAGAUCGGGCUGACCCGCGAGUUCGUGCUGUUGCCCACAGCCUCCGAGUUGGCCCAUGUGAAGCAGCUGGCUUGCUCCAUCGUGGACCAGAAGUUCCCCGAGUGUGGCUUCUACGGCCUUUACGACAAAAUCCUGCUCUUCAAACAUGACCCCACGUCAGCCAACCUCCUGCAGUUGGUGCGCUCGGCCGGAGACAUCCAGGAGGGCGACCUGGUGGAGGUGGUGCUGUCGGCUUCCGCCACCUUCGAGGACUUCCAGAUCCGCCCGCACGCCCUCACGGUGCACUCCUACCGAGCGCCUGCCUUCUGCGACCAUUGUGGAGAGAUGCUCUUUGGCCUGGUGCGCCAGGGCCUCAAGUGUGACGGUUGUGGACUGAACUACCACAAGCGCUGCGCCUUCAGCAUCCCUAACAACUGCAGUGGGGCCCGCAAGCGACGCCUGUCGUCCACGUCUCUGGCCAGUGGCCAUUCGGUGCGCCUCGGCACCUCUGAGUCCCUGCCCUGCAUGGCUGAUGAGCUGAGCCGCAGCACCACCGAGCUCAUCCCUCGCCGCCCCCCCUCAUCCUCCUCUUCAUCUUCUGCCUCCUCCUACACCGGUCGCCCCAUUGAGCUGGACAAGAUGCUGCUCUCCAAGGUGAAGGUGCCACACACCUUCCUCAUCCACAGCUACACGCGGCCCACGGUCUGCCAGGCUUGCAAGAAACUCCUUAAGGGCCUCUUUCGCCAAGGCCUACAGUGCAAAGAUUGCAAGUUCAACUGUCACAAACGCUGCGCCACCCGAGUCCCCAAUGACUGCCUGGGGGAGGCGCUCAUCAAUGGAGAUGUGCCGAUGGAGGAGGCCACCGAUUUCAGUGAGGCCGACAAGAGCUCCCUCACAGAUGAAUCGGACGACUCCGGUUUUGUCCCGGGCUCUCACUCGGAAAAUGUUCUCCACGCCAGUGAGGAGGAGGAAGGCGAGGGAGGCAAGGCCCAGAGCUCCCUGGGGUACAUCCCUCUAAUGAGAGUGGUGCAGUCAGUGCGACACACGACACGGAAAUCGAGCACGACACUGCGUGAGGGUUGGGUGGUUCAUUACAGCAACAAGGACACACUGAGGAAGCGGCACUAUUGGCGCCUGGACUGCAAGUGCAUCACGCUUUUCCAGAACAACACAACCAACAGAUACUACAAGGAAAUUCCACUGUCCGAAAUCCUCACCGUGGAGCCUGCCCAGAACUUCAGCCUUGUGCCACCAGGCACCAAUCCACACUGCUUCGAGAUUGUCACUGCCAACGCCACCUACUUUGUGGGCGAAACCCCUGGUGGGGCCCCAGGAGGGCCCAGCGGGCAGGGGGCUGAGGCCGCCCGGGGCUGGGAAACGGCCAUCCGCCAGGCCCUGAUGCCCGUCAUCCUCCAGGAUGCACCCAGCGCCCCAGGCCAUGCGCCCCACAGACAAGCUUCUCUGAGCAUCUCAGUGUCCAACAGCCAGAUCCAAGAGAAUGUGGACAUUGCCACUGUCUACCAGAUCUUCCCCGAUGAGGUGCUGGGCUCGGGCCAGUUCGGAGUGGUCUAUGGCGGAAAGCACCGGAAGACGGGCCGGGACGUGGCAGUAAAAGUCAUUGACAAACUGCGUUUCCCCACCAAGCAGGAGAGCCAGCUCCGGAAUGAAGUGGCCAUUCUGCAGAGUCUGCGGCACCCAGGGAUCGUCAACCUGGAGUGUAUGUUCGAGACGCCGGAGAAGGUGUUUGUGGUGAUGGAGAAGCUGCACGGGGACAUGUUGGAGAUGAUCCUUUCCAGCGAGAAGGGCCGGUUGCCCGAGCGCCUCACCAAGUUCCUCAUCACCCAGAUCCUGGUGGCUUUGAGACACCUUCACUUCAAGAAUAUCGUCCACUGUGACUUGAAACCAGAAAACGUGUUGCUGGCAUCAGCGGACCCGUUUCCUCAGGUGAAGCUGUGUGAUUUCGGCUUCGCGCGCAUCAUCGGCGAGAAGUCUUUCCGGCGCUCGGUGGUGGGCACGCCGGCCUACCUGGCGCCCGAGGUGCUGCUCAACCAGGGCUACAACCGCUCACUGGACAUGUGGUCGGUGGGCGUGAUCAUGUACGUCAGCCUCAGCGGCACUUUCCCCUUCAACGAGGACGAGGACAUCAAUGACCAGAUCCAGAACGCAGCCUUCAUGUACCCAGCCUGCCCUUGGAGCCGCAUCUCUGCAGGAGCCAUCGACCUCAUCAACAACCUGCUGCAGGUGAAGAUGCGCAAGCGCUACAGCGUGGACAAGUCUCUCAGUCACCCGUGGUUACAGGAGUACCAGACCUGGCUGGACCUCCGAGAGCUAGAGGGGAAGAUGGGCGAGCGGUACAUCACACACGAGAGUGACGAUGCGCGCUGGGAGCAGUUCGUGGCAGAGCACCCACUCCCCGGGCCGGGGCUACCAGCCUAUGGUGAGCUCGGUGGGACCCUCCCACCCCCGGACCAUGAGAUGCAGGGGCUGGCCGAGCGCAUCAGCGUCCUCUGAGGCCUCAUGCUCCCGCCCUAGCUGCCUCGUGAUGCCGUCCUCCCGUCCUCAGAGAGAGCGGCCCUCCAUGCUAUCCCAGCGAUGAACUGUUCUAGCGGAAGCAGCUUCCUGCCCAAACUGGAUGGGACAUGCCCUGGGGGAGGGGCAUGGCGGGGGUGGGAGCUGGGGCCGGGGUUUUUACCAAAGCUAAUUUCCCAACAAUUAAAACGGACUCAUCUCUGGCCCUAUGGCCUUGGUUUCUGGCCA